AUCACCGCCCGGCUAGCCAGCAGUCUCUCAGUUCACAGCCUUCCUCAGUGGCUACAACACACAUACACACACAAAUGCUCUGAUUCUUCACGGGAAAUACGAAACAUUAUACAUUAAGGCGAACAGAUCUCGAUUAAUUGAAGGUUGCAACAUGAGGUGGUGGUUCAGAUGCCGCCUUUGGGUGUGGUGGGGAGGGAUUGUGGUAGCGGUGGUGGUCCUUCUGGCGCUGGUGUGCACCGCCCUAACUCACACCUACACCAAUUACUUGUUAAGAUCAUUAGAGGGACCCUUACCAGCAGACGACCCCGAGCUUCUCACUUACAUCAGAGAAGAGCUCCUUCAGCCGCCCUCCAGUGAGCCUUACGACCUCUUGGAGAAAAGGAACGUCGCUCAGAUACUAGUGGAGGAGAGUGAAAUCUUCUAUAACAAGUCCCUCAGAACUCUCUUCAAGGAUAAGAGUGAUGGGUUCUUCGUGGAGGCGGGAGCGUUGGACGGAGAAACGAUGUCCAACACACUAUGGCUGGAGAGAGAGUUAGGCUGGACUGGGCUACUAGUGGAGGCUGACCGUACUGCUUACCUCUCGCUCAUCACCAAACAUAGACGAGCCUGGGCCGCCAACGUCUGCCUUGCCCCAACACCUUAUCCCUCCAAGGAGAUGUUCUACAUAUACCCUCACUACCCUGGUCCUUUGGCUCUCAGUCUAGGAUUCAAGAUGAGGUCCAUGCAUGGCCUCACCAAGUACAACGAGAAAGCCACAAGUAGCUCCUGGUUCACCAAGGUGCAGUGUAUCCCUCUUGAGUCUAUCCUGCUGAGUCUGGGAGUGACGAGGGUCGACCUGCUAGUACUCGACGUGGAAGGUGCCGAAUUGGCCAUUUUAGGACACUUCGACCUGCAGAAGUUUAACGUUCAGGUGUUGUGUAUAGAGUGGAAGAAGAAACACGAAAUAGACUCAGUGGUGCAGCAGUUUAAGAAGCGAGGCUACGUGGAGGCUGCUAGGCUUGACGAAGACAUCAUACUGGUCCAACAUGGCUCACAGUACGAGGGGCGACUCAACACAUCAACACACAGCUGAGAAAUACCCCACUGAAGGGUCUCAUCCAGUGAAUAUUAUAACAGUACCAAAUGUAAUCUUUAGGUCUACGCUUGUGCACCACUGGCAUAUGUUCAGGUACACCCAUCAGUAACUUCCUAUAGUACGUAACAAAGAGGUACUUGGCUUGGGUACUCAAAUUGUCAUACGUUAAAUUGACCUCAUUUAUGGUGCUGGACAGGUGAAGUUCGGUUUGUUUUGCUGUGUUACCUGUGUUUGCUGUGUUAUUUCACCUGUAGAUUAACCAUCCAAGCUAAAUCAAACCUUACUUAACCGAACCUAACCUAACCUAACCAAACCUACC